AUGAAUCACUUCAGGAAGAUGGAGGUCAUCAACCUCACCACCCUACCUAUGAUACCAGUGGAUGAGCACCUGGCUGUCUCACUUGUCGCACGGAAUACAAUGCUGAAGACUGUGAGGAAGGAGUUAGAGAACAAUCCACCCUCGUGCCUUAUUGGCUCCAUGCACCAGGUGAACCAAAAGAUUGCUGACAUAAAUCUGCGUACCGAGCCGUCGGCCAACACCCUGGCAAUUGAGAGAUUUGAGUUGGAGAAGAAGGCUUUAAGAGAGAAAACUCGCAGCAGUCCAGGAGACAAAGUCAAGAGACAAAGAAAAUCUCAGUAUUCCUGCAAAGGCUCAGAACUCAGACAUGCCACAUCUUCUGUUAUAAAAAGGAAAACAGCAGAUAAAAAUCUGCUGGCGGAGCUGUACCAGUAUUCCAACUUUAACAGCUCCAAGCCAAACAAGCUUCCGAAUGGUGUGGACUUCUGUGACAUGGUGGGCAACGUGGUCCGGGCUGAGAGAGAUUGCCUUAGUGGAAAGCGUUUCUGUUCAGGUAGAGAAUUAGAGAAGUUUCUCUCUUCUCCUUCUCCAAGAGCCAUCUGGCUAGAUAGCUUUUGGUGGAUAUUUCAUGAGAGGUACCAGCCAAACAAGAAGCUCCAGAAUAAUCUGUUCGACCGGAUAGCCCAGCACUACGCCUUACUUUUGUUUCGUGUACCCAAGUCCCACUAUGAAGAGGCGCUCUUAAAAAGGCUGCCAUUACUUCUGAGCAAAGCUGUGUACACCAGCUUCUGUUGCUGCUUCCCACAGUCCUGGUUCAACACACACGAAUUCAAGUCUGACAUCUGUAACACAAUGAGCCUGUGGAUUUCAGGCACCUGUCCUAGCCCACAGAGCUAUGACAGCUGGGACUACUCGGAACUAGACCCAGAGCGAUUCCGCAGAGAAGAAUUAAUGUUAUACAGAAGAAGACCGAUAAAGGGGAGAGAGUUUUCUUUGUUUGCUGGUAAGAGAGCCUUCUCCCAGAAGCCAGCCCAGAACAGGAAAUUCUACCACCCUCAGUCUUCUAGUGCAAAUUCACCCAAUGAAAAAGCCUCUUCGGCCAAGCAGAACUCAGAAAAAAGCUUACGAAUGCAGAAUACUGCAAAAGAGCAUCAUUGUCAGACCCUGGUCUUGAAGAAACCUACACAAGAAGUCAAGAGGAUAUCAGAAGCAAGAGAAUGUGAGAAUAUGUUUCCUAAAAAGUCAUGUGCUGCCUGCAAAAGCCCUGAGCUGACUUCAAACCUCUUCAACAUUUAUGGGAAGAGCCCUCUGAUUGUGUACUUUCUCCAGAACUACGCCAAUCUGCAGCAGCACGGCAAGAAUGUGUUGAUAGUCAGAAGGGAAAAGACCACGAGCACCCCUGACUGCACCCCAACAUAUACUGAUGUCAUCAACGAGACCCUGUGCAGCAUGAAGAAGCGGAAAGACAACCUCAAUCAGUUGUACCAGCGUCACUGGACUGAAUGGAAUUAUUUUGACAAGCAUCUAAAGGAACUGCAAGACAACUUCUCCAGGGAAAUGAAGAAUAUUGAUCAAAAAGCAGCAGAUAAAAAAAAGGCAAACCACAUGUUCAUCCCACCUUCAGCUGUCAAUGAGGAAUCACCUGACAAGAAAACUAAGGAGGGGAAAGGAGGACAGGGAAAGAGAAGAGAAACAGAAGUUGAACAUUUCUUUCCACUCACUUCCAAGCCCUGA